AAAAAUUAGUAAUGAAAUCCCAUAGAUCAUCAUAAAGUGAAUUUAUGCUUGAGGAUUAUAUUUUUAAAUUGCUAUUUAUUUUUACAGUCACAAGAGAUUAUGAUAUCUGAUCUGAAUUGGCUGGCUAUGCAUUAAGAAAAUUGUUUAAGCAUUAUUAAAUAUUUGACCUCUUGGCGACUUAGUUGAAAAUUGAAGGAGUUUGAUAGGGAUUUAGAAUAGAAAGCAUUAAAUGAAACACAGAAAAUAAAUGUAAAAUGUGCUAUUGAGUUUAAGGAAUCUAAAAUUGAGAUUUGUUUUAAUAUAUUUGAGUGGAUUGAUGCUGAUGAGAAAAUUUGAAAAAAGAGAUAAAGUAUUGGCAGCAUCAAUCUAAAAUAUUACAGAAAUAUAAUAAAACAUGUAAACUAAUUAGACUGAAUUAAGAAAGGAAUACGAUUAAAAUACUCGAAUGAGAGUAUUUGAGUUUGCUUUAAAAGUUAUCAAAGUCUAAAAUGAAAAUUUUAAGAAAAUAAUUAGUACUGAAUUAUGGGUAUUUAAGCACUUAAGGAGAAUCUAAUAACAAAGAUAGUAAUAUCAGAAAAAAUAAUGAUUUAAGAAAAAACCCAAAAGAAAACUGAUGAUAAAAAGAAAAUAUAUAGAUGAAAAGUAAUAAGAAUUAAAAGUAAAAAUAGAAAAAAA